AAAUUUCUGUCAAUAUUAGCUAGUCCUACUGAUUGGGCAAGUAACCUUUCCCGCGCUCUUCCUAAAAAUACUAUUUGUGAUGUCAUAAAGGUCUAACGUUCCAUGACGUAGCAUGUAGCCCUAAAUUACAGUCCCUGCUUGCAAUAUUGUCCUCACUCUCGACCUGAACUCAACUUGAAUGUAACCAACACAGACAAGGACAUGCUUUUUGAGAUAUAAAAUAGCUUGAAUGGAUGAAGAAAGGGUAAGCUAAAUUACUUCAUACAAUAUUGGGGGAAAGUAAAAAAGGGUAAAGCAAUAUAAGCGGAUAUUUCUUGUAAAAAGCUAUAACAUAUUGUAAAGCAAAUGUACCAUUCUUUAUAAAGUCACCAGCUUAGCGCUGAUAUGGCUGUAGCUCUAUUUAUGAUGUCCUCUGCACAGAUCUACUCUGACAGUGACAUAUUAUUACUUAUUGGAAUGUCUGUCCUUCAGGUAGCACAGAGGGAGGAUGGUGAUCCUCAGAGGGAAGGAAAGGAAGUUGUUGAGGAAGAACCGGUGGCCACGCCCAAAGAGGAGGCCAAGAAGGGAAGGAAGGCAAAAAGUAAGAGGAGUGGCAAGAAGUCAAGGAAGCUGGGCACUGACAACGAUGCAGUCUCCAGGAAUAAACACCUGGAUAGAGGAUCUGUAAUUGAGCUCCUGGAGAAGAAAGCUGUUCAGGCUGCAUUCGGCCCAGGCAACAAGGAUGAGAUGGAAUACUCCUACCCAAUCCUCAUCUCAUUCCUGCGCAAUCUUACUGAUGAGCAGUGGCAAGUGAUCUACAAAGGACUAAAAAACCCUAUGACGAAGGAACAGCUUGCCAAAUUGUGCAAGACAAUUGUAACCUUCAUCGCACAGACCACCCUGCAGAUCCUGCUGCCAGCCCUGGCCCGCGUACUUGGGGUAAAGGACUUUGCUGACGACGACACUGACUCACCCAAGAGGGGUGGCAGUGCAAGAUCCUUUGCUGCCUUUGAUCAGGAAAGACUGGAGCUCAUCCAGGAAGUUAGAUAUCUGGCGAAGAAAAUGUAUAAGGGCGGCACAGGGGCUCAACAUCUCAGGUCCCUAACACCCUCUUCUAAGAGGUAUGUUCCCCUCAAGGUUUUCAUGUAUGGAUUUCACCGAGAUCAUCUAUCCCAGUGUUAGCCAAUGCAAUUUACUCUAUCUGAUGUAGUACAAAAUGUAAUGUAUCAGCCUUUGAGCAUAUUCAAAUGAAUGAGCAUGUAAAGCGAUCAAAAGGACAUGU